AUGUCUGAUCUUACCCCGGCCGUUCUGCGAUUUGACAAGCUGCCAGCCGAGCUGAUUUCAUCUAUCAUAUACUAUGCUCAGAUCGCGUGGUGGAACGAGCACUUCGCAGCACAAGCGCCGUAUGCCGGGGUGAAGCGAUAUCAGGUAUCGGAACCUACUUCCGCUUCCGCUUCCGCCCCGCCCUCUAUCUCGCCAUGCUGCAACGGUAUGCGGUGGGAUUCCAGCCGGCCAAUCUGCAUACGCUCAGACACUGGCAAAGCCCUCCCCGGUCACCUUCCUUCUCCUGCCCAUAGCGCAUCGCUGGUCUUGAGAAGGCUACGCGACGUGCUUCUCGAGGAGAAUUCUCACAUCUGGCAGCUGGACAACACCUUAUACCCAGUGAUUGCGCCUCUAUCUGGCGAACACCGCACCACCUCGCGCGGUCGCGAGGUCAUACAAUACGGCGCUCGUAGCUUCAUAGCUUUGGACGUCUGCACUUGCGUCCUGGCCGGCAUAUCGCCCUUCUACACAAGUCUGGAAAGCGUCAAGCUGAGACUACCGUGGCUCGGCGAUGGAAGCCUGCAAUCAGAGCUGCGGCAGUUUCUGCGCGACGUCAGGGGGCGUGCCGACAGCCCUCUGCGUUACUUUGACUUGGAGGCUCUCAUCGAGAACGUGUUUCGGGUAGCCGCGAGAGGACAUUGGUGUAUGACGGCCAUUGAGAGCCAGAACUUACGCUUCAGUCGCUUUUCAGGCGGAAAUAUCUUCUACUACUCGAGGACUCUCCAGUCGCUGUAUCUCCAUCAAGGUCCCAACUCCAACGUCGUUUUUUUUGGGUCGUCUUUAUCGAUCGCCCUCUCAGCGUGCUCCGCCACCAUUGAUGUCAGCAACGGCUAG